CACAAGUUGAAGUGACCACAUGACAUCUUCUCCCCCCUACCCUACAAUUUGCAACGGAAAAAAGUACAUUGAAAACUGGCCUUGGAAGAACAAGUUGGAACGCGUCGUGUCUUAACAUUUCUCCAAACCUUAAAAGAAUCAAACAGAGACCAGAACAUACAACAGAAGCUAAAAACCAGAGGAGGAGAAAGAAAUGGCAUCUCUCGUAACCCAUUUGUGUGCCAGUCUUUUCCUUCUCCCUAUUGGCCUACGACGUCUCUUCUGCUCCUCUUCUCUUUACCUCAAGAACACAUCUCUUUUUAGAUCCAAAACAUGGUACCUCUCUGAUCCCAAAUGGAUUAAUCUUGAUUUAUAUGCUCUCACUGUAGCCCUCCCUAUUGCUUCUUUCUCUCUAAUCUUUCUUUUCUUCUCUAUUAGCACGGGUCAUAUAACUUACCGUUUCUCGUUCUUGCAUCAAUCAUUGCUUCUAUUUCUCUACUGGGUUUUGGCAAUUCUGUUUGUUCUACGCGAUAGCAUUGACCUUUUAGUCAUUCUUGAUAAUUUCUUGUUUGUGUUUGGUGGGAUUUUGUUUUUUGUAGAGUAUUCUUUUAUUGGUGAGGGCACUUCUGGUCUUGUUGGUGAGGCUGUUUAUGGUUUGUGUGGUAAUCUUAGUCUUGUUUGUGGACUUUGUUGUUUGUAUUUGGCUAUUAGGCCUGGUGCAUUUUUUGCCGAGUAUUUUUUGUGUUGUGGGUUGGUUUUGAAAGGGACUUGGUUUUUGCAAGCUGGGUUGUGUUUAUAUACUGGUGUUUUUGGUUUGAAAGGGUGUCAUAAGAUUGAGAUUUUGCCAGGAAGUGGAAAUGUUGAGUUCAAGUGUGAUCUAGAGGAAGAUGGAUUGAGGGGUGUGGCAUUGGUGAAUUUGUUGUUUGUUGGGCAUGCAAUUAUUGUCUUUCUUGUGAGUUUGGGGAUGCUUGCAUUGUUGUCAAGUAAUACGAAUUUGAGGCAUGGUGAAGCAAGUGGUCCUUUGUUGGCAGGGCUUGAAUCUGAGAGUGCUUUGAUGCGGGCGCUUCCUGAAUUUGAGGUGGAAUGAAGUGUAUUUUUUUCUUCUAAUUUCCCAUGUAUUUACGAUACAAAAUUUUAGUGUUUAAUUGAAUUUAAAUCGAUUGUUUGUCUAUACAUAUAAGGCAAUGGUGUUCUUUUCCUGGUA